AUUUUGGAGCCUUUUUAUGGUGCAUGUAUAAAAGAUGGCGGCUGUUGCUGGGUAAAGCACUUGCUACUAUGGAGAUGCCUGCAGUCUUGGAAAGUGCAAAUUUGCCCUCUGAGGAGUCACCCGGAGAACAGGAGCAUGCAGAGAAGAGUAGUGACUCCUGCUUCCCAGAGGAUGGUUCAGGUAUUGGGACUUGUUCCAAUGAAAACACUAAACAGGAGGAAGGCGCAGAAGAUGUUUUUGAGGAACCUACACACAAUGACCAGGAAGCAACAAACGAUUCUGCCCACCCAGAAAGCACAACAGAGGAACCAAAUAUUGAUAAGACUUCAGGGGGCCAAUGCACUGUGGAUGGGGACCAGGAAAAGACUGAAGAGGGGUCUUCCAAUGCUUCACUAAUAAACCAGAAUGUGGAAACUUUGCCUCACAGAACCCAAGAGGCAUCUUCCAAUCCAGAGGAAACUAAAGUAGAUACAGUGGAGUUGAUAAAAUCCACUGAGAGAACAGACCAAGUGAAUUCUGGUAUUCAUGUCCAAGAGGAAGGGUCCCAAGGGGACGACAAUGGGCGCAGUAAACAUGGGCCCAAAAGGGUCACAUUUCCAAGUGAUGAUGACAUUGUAUCAGGUGCCCUAGAACCCAAAGAUCCAUGGAGGCAUGCUCAGAAUGUCACUGUGGAGGAUGUCAUCGCAUCCUAUACACAAGCCUGCCAGAAACUCAACUGCAAGCAAAGUCCAAAACUUAUUCGACAGCUACAAGAACUUACUGAUCUUUCAGGGAGAGUUGAAAGCCUGGAUCUCAAAGGAGAGAAGCUGGAUCACAAGGCCUGUGAAGCUCUGGAGGAAAUCUUCAAACGUGUACAAUUUAAGAUGGUAGAUCUGGAACAGACCAACCUAGAUGAAGAUGGUGCCUCCGCUUUAUUUGACAUGAUUGAGUAUUAUGAAUCGGCAACGCAUCUCAACAUUUCCUUCAAUAAGCACAUUGGCACUCGGGGAUGGCAAGCUGCCUCACACAUGAUGCGCAAGACAAACUGUCUGCAAUACCUGGAUGCUCGCAAUACCCCUUUGCUGGACCACUCGGCUCCAUUUGUGGCUCGAGCACUCCGCAUUAGUAGCAGCUUAACCGUCCUUCACCUUGAAAACACCAGCCUGUCUGGGAGACCGCUCAUGUUACUGGCCACUGCACUGAAGAUGAACAUAGUGUUACGGGAGUUGUACCUCGCUGACAACCGCCUAAACAGCCUGCAGGACUCUGCUCAGCUGGGAAAUGUAUUAAAGUUCAACGGCUGCAUACAGAUUCUGGACCUGCGGAACAAUCACAUCAUGGACUCAGGAUUGGCUUAUAUCUGUGAGGGGCUAAAGGAGCAACGGCAGGGAUUGGUCACAUUGGUCCUCUGGAACAAUCAGCUAACGCAUGCUGGCAUGGUCUACAUGAGCAUGUGCUUGCCUCAUACUCAGACUUUGGAAACUUUGAAUCUUGGUCACAAUGCUAUUGGCAAUGAAGGUGUCCGCCAUCUUAAGAACGGUCUAAUUGGAAACCGCAGUGUCCUCAGGCUUGGCUUGGCAUCUGCUAAACUGACUUGCGAAGGUGCUGUGGCCGUAGCAGAAUUUGUGGCUGAAUCCCCACGGCUCCUGAGACUUGAUCUUCGGGAGAAUGAGAUCAAGACUGGAGGCUUAAUGGCUCUCUCGUUGGCUCUUCGUGUUAACCAGUCACUACUUAGGCUGGAUCUGGACAGAGAACCGAAGAAAGAGACAGUAAAGAGCUUUAUUGAAACACAGAAAGCGCUGUUGGCUGAGAUUCAAAAUGGCUGCCGGCGGAAUUUUAUCUUGGCCAAAGAGAAAGAGGAGCGCCUCCAGCAGUCCGCAUCGAUGGCAGAGAUUGCUAGCGCUGCUGAGGAAGAAGAUUCAAAUACUGCCCCUGAGGAGAAUAGCCUUCCUUCGGAAGAUUGCAACACUGCCCCUGAGGAUACCACAACUAAUAAUUCAUCCAAACAGGAUGAGGAAGAGAUCACGCCUGACCCAGACCCUCAGGGACCAGAUUCAGACUCUGAUACAGAAGAUGAAUUGGAGGAGGAAAAGCCAGUAGCAGAGACAAAGCCAGUAGCAGAGACAAAGCCAGUAGCAGAGACAAAGCCUGUAGCAGAGACAAAGCCUGUAGUGAACUCUGUUCAGAAUCCUCCAGGGCAGGUGGCAGUGUCCAGUCCAGGUCGAGGUCACAAGAUCUUUUUGGUUACCCGUGUAGAGAAUACAAACGCAACAGGAGGAUUGACAGCCCAGGGUGUUAAAGGCUCCUCGCCGACAGGAGUGACUUCCCCAGCGGGUCCUUCACUUGCCAAUGGACUUGAGGCUGAGUUGGGCAGAAAAGAAAGCAGCUGUGACAAUAAGGAUUCUCUUGAAACCUACAGCGACAGAGAGCUAGAGGACUUACUGCGGGAUGCCUCUUCAGAACCAGACCCAAGUCUGAACGUUAUAACACUAUAAGGAUUGAUUCUUCCGACUCUUGGGGUUUCCUCUUCUGUUUUCCCUAAAUACUUUUUGAACCCCCAGUGAUCUCGCCUUAAGAAUUGGGGCCCCAAAGGAUAAUAUGAAACGGGUUCCCAUUUGAGGACAUUCAGUUGAUUCUAAACAUUGCUUCCCCAUAUGAUGGCAAUAAGGGCGGACACUAUUCCUGCAGGUAAUGGAAUUUGCACAGUUUAAAAAUACAGCUCAUUCACUUCAUGCUGGGACUUUCCCCAACUGGGACUUUUUGGAGAAAAGAGGCAAUUUUACGGGUUUCUGGAUAAAGGGACACAAGCUGAUAUCUAACCCCCUAUCCCCCAUACACUGGACUGUUACUGGCUUUGGGAAUUGUCAUGGAGGACGACUGUCGUUGACAUUAACUGAACCUUCUGAUUGUCCUCACAUGGUGGUAUCUCCAGUUAUCUGCAGUAUGAUAUUCUAGGUUUUUUUCAGUCUUGCCUUCUAUACAUCGCACUUACUGUGUUACACUACACUAGUCUCCUGACAAUAGCUUCAGACCCUGGGGUCCAACACGUUUGGUAUUGUCUCCAAAUAAUUAAAUCUUUAUGACCAGGACAUUCUAGGGUGAUAUAUGGGUUUUGACAUAUAGGGGUGGGAAAUGUCCUAUUCACAGCACCUAUAAAAAAAAUCCAGCCUGUUUGCUGUAAGCUCUAACUUGUACUCUGGCUGAGAGGUCCAUUUUUUUCCUUUUUGGAGUGAGGUUCUAAAAGGCCUAACUAUUUUGCGCUACUAGGUUUAGCAUACGGACUACCAGAGCAUGUUCUUCUGUGGACCAUACUUUCCAAGACCUGAAGACCUCAACCCCAGUUGGAACGACGUUUGUGUUUAUUUUUGUUUACUUCCUACCCUUUUUUAUUAUUCAGGAUGUGUAGUAAAUCACAAUGCUGUUCACCUGAAAGAGAUUUAGAAAUAGUUAGAUCACAUAGGGCUAUGUGUGUGGCAAGGAAGUCUAGUUGUACUUGGGAUUUAGUGCUGAUCCUGUGAUCUUGGCCACUUUUUUGUAUCUUGCAGAUUCAGGACCACAGGCAGCUGAGCAGAGUCAAGUGUACGUUCAAUGGCAGGCUUGAUAUCUUCUGACUUUGUAACGGGCUUAGUUCACUUGGUGCUGACCAGCAGCUGUUACACUUGAUGUAAACUAAAUCAAAGUCCUGCUGUGAUGAAAAGAUAAAAGCAGGAGGGUGGCCAUCUUGUAUGGGUCUAUGUAUUUGUACAACAGUGCAGUUGUGUCUACAUAAACAUAUUUUAUGUAUUUGUGGACCUAAAUGGCGUCCACAAAAAAGUAUGUGUAUUAUGUUGGUUUUAUUUAAUAACAUAUUAGUAGCCACAUAGAACCAAAGAAUGUUGAUGUGUGGCUGCUAUGUGUUACAGAACAUAAUUUUAAUUUGUACAAUGUUAUUGAAGUGAAUGUAUAGCCAAAUCUUUUGUGAUUUGGAUAGAAUAGGUGAAGGUUAAAACUUUUUUUUUUUUUUUUUUUUUUUGCUGUCUGUGUACCAAGGGAACAUUGAUUCAUGUCCUGUCCUGGAAACGCAACAAUAAAUGACAUCUCACAAAAGAGCGGUGAAUUCCAUCUUAAAUAGAUGCCACUGGAACCUUUCUAACUAUUGGAAGAUUUCCCUUUACCGCUUCCUCUGGUGACAGCUCCUCUAAAGGGUCACCAGGGUAAAUGGGGGUGACACUACCCAACAGGGACACUGACAGCAAGAAAAACCUGACUGGGUCUAACCCUUCACCGGUCUGUCCAAAACUAGAAAAAGAUUUAUCUUUACAUACACUUUAAAUAAAUCCUAAUGUUUUCCAAAACCUAAAGGACAACAUUAAACGGAAAAAAAACUUCCACCAAAUGUGUAUUUGGCAUGAAAAUACUUUUUUAGUUUUGAUUGCCAGUCAGCACAAUUAGGCCACACUACCUGUGGCCAUAAUCGGAGGUAUUUUUAACAUUAUGUAGCUACAGGCCAUAUUUGUACUGACAUGUUCAGAAUAAGACAGUACUUGGCUUACCUGUAUGCAUUACAGCACUUUUCUUUGUGCUGACCAGUUUUAGGACGUCAGCCAUUAGCUCAUGCUGCAGCACAGAGCAGAAGACUCUAGCUGUGUCUGGCCAUGGUGUUGGACAUGCAUGCCUGUUCCAGCCUACUAAUUUGUGUGUUUGUCUUACAUUUUUUAGUGUGUAAUUUCACAAACACUACUGCGUAUGUUAAGUAUGCAUGUCAUUCUGGCAUGAAAUGGUGGCUUAGCCACAGUCUUUCUCCAUGGGAACCGUUUAUUUUGCUUAAACCACAGAAGACUAUAAUCUUUCUUCCUGACAUUUGAGUUGUUUUUUUGCAAAGUCUUUGGAAACUUUAUUUAGUAGUAGAGUACUGUCCCCUGUUAGCCAUUGAAUAAUACAGAAAGGUUGGAGUUUAAGUAAUUCUUUUUAUUGGCAAACGUAAAGUGGUAGUAAAGUCCCCUGGCCUCUUCUGCAUACCGGUACGCUUAUAAUAUAGCUUACCUGUAGGUACAAGGAAGAUCUCCUAAACCUGCAUUCUCUAGGAGAUAUUCAGUGUCCCUGCAGCCCGUGAUGUCACUGGUGCAUGUGCUCUGAAUAAACGGCAUACCCAUGCCGUUCUUUUAGAGCCCUGUGCAGUAAGGAGUGACGUCAUUGCGGCUUGGCCUCUCAAAGGACCACAGCCUGCAAACCCAGAAGGAAGAUGAAAGGGAAAAUAGGAGACACAGCGCCCCAAGUGCAGUAUGUAUUGUAACGGUUUAUUAAUGAGAAGUCCGCUACCCACAAGAAAACUUAAAAUCUGUGCUUCAAAUUACAUGACAGUCCUGCUCUUAGAGACCCAAGGACAGUCCCGUUGUGUCUGCGUCUCUGUAUUUUCAGCCUGCAGCUUGUAUGGGUGGUAUCCAACACUGGUAGGCUCUGAGCCAUCAGCGUUCUCCUUUGCCUGGACUGAGCUGCCAAUGCUGGAUACCAUCCGUACAAGCUGCCGGCUUGAAAAGCAGAGACACAGACACAACAGAACGAACUGUCCUUGGGUCUCAGAGUGGGGACUGCCAUGUCAUAUGAAGAGCUGAUUUUAGUUUUCUUGUGAGUAGCUGACUUCUCAUUAUUAAACCAUUACCAUACAUACUGCACUUAGAUGCGCUGUGUUUUCUCUCUCCAUUACUGUUUGCAGAGAUAUUUUCUAGCUCCCCUACACUGGCUACUAUUGCAGAAACAUAGACUUUAUUUUAAAUAUUUUAUUUUCGAGAUUGCACUGAUUGGAUAAUUUGCAUAUAACCAAAGACUGCACAAUUUGCAUAUAUUGCUUAUACGGGCGGACCAUCCCCAAUUGUCUACACACUGUUGUGGCAAUACAACCUUGUGACCAGCUGUACCUUACUACCAAGGUUCUCCCCCUAGUAGUCCAUAUUCAUUUGCUAGGUUGAAGAAGGAAGCCCUGUCAGCAGUGCGUUGCAUACUAGCACAUUAUGACUUACCUUGUAGGGAGAUUUUUUUUCUUUAAACUUUACUUCCACUUUAAGUUUUUUUUAUUUAUUUUUUUAUUAGGCCUUAUGUCAAAAACACCACUUUUAAGGGUGUUUGUCAUUUUUAUUUCCCCCCGCCUCAAAACGCCUCUCCAUGUUGGCGUAUGUGUCCAUGCACAAAUAGACCUUUAGAGGCAAGAAAAAAAAAACUAAAGUCAGCGAGUUCAGGAGAGGGAGUGUUUUGCUGCUAAAAAAUGUCAAACGUGCGUAAACUCAUCUAAAUGCAUGUCAAACUACUUGAACCUUAUUUCAUUUCAAUGGCCAGAAUAAGUUGAUAUUCUGGUCAAUGAAAUUAAUGAAUAUUCAAGCGUUUACAUGCAUAAACACGUUUGCAACGCUGCUUUUCUCCUGCCAGGAAAAAGGCAUUUAGAAGAGUUGGGCUCAUUGUACAUGGGGCCUAAAGAUGCAGACUGUCUUGGAUGCCUUCAAGCUUUUUAUUUCUGCAAAAUAUAUAAAGCCUAAAGAAGGAUUUCAAGACAUCCCGAAAACUUUAAUCUGUAAAAACUAAAAAUGUAAGAAAAGUCGAACACAAACUAUUCACAAAAACAUUCCCUCCCCUCUCCUACCCAUUCUGCUUACCCUGUGUAAAAAAAAAAAAAAAAAGAUUUGUGUACUUGCCUUUUUUUAAUCCGGUCCAGUCAUGUGAUCUUGUAGGUCCAGAUCCCAUGAGAGCGCUUGACAGCUGUAAACUGGAAGCUAUAAUUUCAUCCAUAGGCUCCAUUGGCUCAGCCAUUGUCUGUGCUCACUCCUCCUCUGUGGCCACCGCUCCCUGACGCAAGGGAGACGGUGCUGCAGGAUCAUGUAACUGGACCAGAGCAGAUUAAAAAGAGGCAAGUACACACACUUUUUUUUUUUAACAUAGGGAACAUUAUUAGGAAUAGAUAGUUAGGCUUUUACUGGUUAAAUUAAAGAACAAAAGCCUAUCAUUUAAACUCCAAACUUUCUGUGAAACUUUAUUUAAAUUUUUAUUUGUUAAUAAGAACCCAUUCCCUUUUAAAUAAAUUGCACUCAAACAGGUCAGGCUGGCAAUCAAGGUUCUUGCCGACUGUCCAUCGUUGCCCUCAUCAGAAUGGAGCCAACUGCUGCACUAUUUGAUUGGUUAGUCAACAGUGAUAUGGCUGCCCUCGGUGCUGGUACUGGGUGUAUAGAAACAUGCCACGUCUUAGCCAAUUGUUAGCAGGUACGUGGGCAGUUUGGCCCAUUUUCCAUAAUGUCAGUCACAGAGGACAGACCCGGGGCUGGUUCUCAGGCAGUGAGACCCUUGAUGACCAUGAUCUAGGGGCUAAUUGUGCCUCUGUAGUGCGUUUUUCCCAGAAAACCUCUUUUGCGUUUAAAACUUUUUGUUGCACACCCCAGAUGAGACAUUUUGCGUUUGUAAUCUCCCUCUUGAUCUUGACCUAUAACAGAUCAGUUUACAAUAGUAUUUGAAGGAAGAAUGGCUCUUGGUUGCCCCAGUUCUCCUAUAAUUACACGGUCUCUCGAUGCACUGUGAAGCAAUCGGAUGUGUGUCUUUCAUUCUCCCACAUAGGAGAAUAGAAGUAAUAAUGUGGUUGCUGUGAGCUGCAAGGGCUGGUUUCCUAUAGACACUGCUGGUAUAUGUUAAUGCCAAUAUAAAGUAGACCUUGCUCAUGAAAAGAAAAGAUGGAAACAGAAGUGUUGCAACCGUUUCUAACCCUCCACCUUGUACUGAAAUGACACCAGCAAGAAUCGGAUUUAAUAUUUUCGGUUAGCUCUCAUUUCCUUCUACAUCAAUGAGGAGUAAUGGCGGCCAUUUUUUGCUCUGGGACAACAUUCAUGAGGAUGUGUUCACUUGAAGCAUGAGGCAUCACUUCCUAAUAAACUGACAGGUUAACUGGGUGUAAGGUGCAGAUAAGAAGCUGUCAUGUUUACAGAAGUCAUUUUAUUUGUGAUGUAGUUUACAGAUCAGUAUUUAUGUAUGUCUUUGUAUGAAUAUGUGCAAAUGAAAGCACACACAUCCAUCUGUUUUUAACUGUCUUGGUCCUGAAUAUUAAGAUGGCCACCCUCUAGUUAAAGGGCAUUUGUCAUUCAAGCAGCUUUCAGGUAUCAAUCUGUAUAGGUUACCCCUGAAAAUGUAAUUGUCCAGAGAGAUGUUCAUUAUAAAAAUCAAAUAUUUGGAAUGAAAAGGUUGCCAUGUUAAAAGUUUGAAGUGUAUUCAUUUCCUCCAUGUAUAUUAUAAAAGACCAGUCGGUGCGAUUUGGAGGUUCAAGGGGCCCUCCCCUAUCAGGGCUACAGUAACGCCCCCUGGGAUCCCUGAAACACACUGGCUUCUUUUUUUCCAACUAAUAUGCUUUAGAUACUUUUCGUUUCUGGCGCCAUUUUGUUUCCAAGUUUUUUUUUUGUUUUUUACCCAAAAUUCCUCAGGCGCCCCUUUGUGUAUAGGGGCUGUUGAGUUUUUGCACUCUAUUCAGUUUAUUUUAAUGCACAACACGUUGCAGCAUCAAAUUGGGAUCUAACAUCCUUCAUAAAAAUCAUAUCUGGAUUUUUUUUUUAAACCGUCAUGUGCUGGCUAGUGACAGCAGAAAUAUCCAUUGCCAUGGUGGUUUUUAUAAUGAAAUAAACUUUUACAAAGGGGGUAAGUGAGUGCUUGUGUGACGGCCCUUUAAGCCUCAAAGGUGUGGCAAAUGCAAGUUUCAUGUGCAAUACAAUUCCCUCUGACUGUGUCCCACACUACACAAUGUUUUUGCACACACCUCCCUUCACCUAUAUGGCUACCCCUUAUAUACACCCUACCAAUCUGUGCUGUGUUUUAAAAGGGUUUUCUUCCUAUUGUCAAAUAAAACAAUUUCUUAUGUCUCA